GUACCGGGAAGAAAGGACCAAAUCCGUUGGGUCUGAACUCUGAACACAAUAAUAAAAAAAAAACUCUUUCUUCUCUCCUCCCCCAUUGGACCGGGUCUGCCAGCAACCCAAGAGGCAAGCGUGUCCUCUGUUGCUUCGUGCCAAGCCGCUCUCUGAUCGUCGAUUUCAAAUUCCCAGAACCUUUUCGCUUUCUAAUUUAGUCCCACACCUUCACUCUCUCUUACAUCAUCACCUUCAUCACCACAGUAGCAAAAUCACCAACUCUCUCUCCCUCUCUCUCUGUUCGCUUUUGUCUCUUAUUAUAUAAAUACCGCUCUCACCUCUUCCACACAUCCAUCGCCACUUCGCCGAUUCCUUUUGCCACUUGCUUAAGCCUAACGAGCUUUCUACACUCUCAAAUUCUCUCUCUCUCUCGCUCUGUGGGGUAGUGGAGGUGGUUUUUCCAUGGUGAUGUCAGAUUCGCCGGAGGGCGAUACCGUCACCGCCGCCGCCGCCGCGAGUCCCGUGGCCGAGUCUGAUCUCCGGCGGAGGCCGAUCGCGGGAGGCGAGGUGGAGGAUUCGGAAUCCAAGGACGGCAAUUUGGUGGCGGAGGAGACCUCCAGUGAGGACUCGGUGUUGGGGAAGUUCACCGGAGAUGAGAAUAAGGUGAAGAAUGAAGCUUCUGUGGAGUCGGUUCAUCGCGGCGGGGAGGAUCGAGGCGGUUCCGGUUCCGGUUCCGGUGCGAAAUUCGCUUACCGGCCUUCUGAAGUUCCGGCUCACCGGAGAAUUAAGGAGAGUCCGCUUAGCUCCGAUGCCAUUUUCAGACAGAGCCAUGCAGGUCUCUUCAACCUUUGUAUAGUAGUACUUGUUGCUGUAAACAGCAGGCUCAUCAUCGAGAAUUUAAUGAAGUAUGGUUGGUUGAUUAAAACCGGUUUUUGGUUUAGUUCAAGAUCAUUGCGAGAUUGGCCCCUUCUUAUGUGUUGCCUUACUCUUCCUAUUUUCCCACUUGCCGCCUUUCUAGUUGAGAAGUUAGCACUGCAAAAGCGUAUAAACGAAUCUGCUGUUAUUUCUCUUCAUAUUGCGAUUACUACAACUUCACUAUUGUAUCCGGUUCUCGUAAUUCUCAGAUGUGACUCUGCUGUUUUAUCUGGCGUUACAUUGAUGCUCUUUGCUUGCAUUGUGUGGUUAAAACUCGUCUCCUAUGUGCAUACAAAUUAUGAUAUGAGAAAGGGUACCAUAUCAGUUGGUAAGGUGGAUGUCGUGCCUGGUUCUCCAAGUGUUGAUUGCUCUCAUGAACUUAGCUUGAAAAGUUUGACAUACUUCAUGGUUGCUCCAACGUUAUGUUACCAGACUAGUUACCCUCGUACCCCAUGUGUUCGAAAGAGUUGGGUAAGCCGUCAAUUUGUCAAGUUGAUCAUUUUUACCGGAGUGAUGGGAUUUAUGAUAGAACAAUACAUCAAUCCUAUUAUCAAGAAUUCACAACAUCCUUUGAAGGGGAACCUUUUAUAUGCAAUAGAGAGGGUUUUGAAGCUUUCUCUUCCAUGUUUAUAUGUGUGGCUAUGCAUGUUCUAUUGCUUUUUCCACCUCUGGUUAAAUAUUCUUGCUGAGCUGCUGUGUUUUGGGGAUCGAGAGUUCUAUAAAGAUUGGUGGAAUGCAAAAACAGUUGAGGAGUAUUGGAGACUGUGGAAUAUGCCUGUGCAUAAGUGGAUGGUUCGCCAUAUCUACUUUCCUUGCUUGCGACAUGGAAUACCGAAGGGAGUUGCCGUCAUAAUUGCCUUCCUAGUAUCUGCUAUAUUUCACGAGCUAUGCAUUGCUGUUCCUUGUCACAUAUUCAAGGGGUGGGCAUUUGCGGGAAUUAUGUUCCAGGUACCACUGGUCUUGAUCACAAAUUACCUGUGGGAUAAAUUCCAGAACUCGAUGGUUGGAAAUAUGAUCUUCUGGUUCAGUUUUUGCAUUCUCGGUCAACCCAUGACUGUGCUUCUAUAUUACCAUGACUUGAUGAAUCGGAAAGGGGCAAACUGGUAAAUUUGCGCCUUCUUCAUACCAAAAUGUGGAUCCAGUAGUUCUAGAAGCAAUUUUGCCCAACAUAUUCCUGUACAAGGCAACUUCCCUCUUGGCAUUGCUGCUGCUGGUGACCAUCCCUCUUGGCAAUGCACUCAUUGAUCCAUAAAUUUUUCGUCUUGAGCAUAUUUUUUUGGUUAAUUCGAUUAAUUCUAUAUACAACUUGGGAAUGUAAUGACCACCAGCAGUAAUUACCUAGUUGCUUUUCUCCAAUCUCCGUAUAGUUAGAACUUUUGUAAAUGUUUUUCAAGUUCCAUCAGUCGAUCAUUUCAUUAUCCUC